AUGGAGGAGGCGCUGCUCUCCACCCCCAUCAACCCCAACAAUUUCCCCGCCAAACUGUGGCGGUUGGUAAACAGCCCUCGGUACCGCUCGAUUCGCUGGGACGGCCGUGGCGAGGGGCUGCUCAUCGACCAGCCGCUCUUCGAGGCCGAACUGCUCAGCCCGCCCGGGGCGGGAGCGGGAGGCGGCGGUGGCUCCGGGGGCAGCGGGGGUGGCGGCGUCGGGGCCGCGGGGACCGAGCCCGAGCUCUUCAAAACCACCAACUUUACCAGCUUCAUCCGCCAGCUCAACCUCUACGGCUUCCGCAAGGUGGUGCUGGGCGGGCCGGGCGCCGCGGGGCCCGGGCCGGGGCCGGGGGGCGGCGGGCCGGCCGGCGACGGGCCGCUCCACCACUUCCACAGCCCGCACUUCCGCCGCGACCAGCCGCAGCUGCUCGUGCACCUCAAGAGGCUCACCAGCGCCAACAAGGCCAAGCUGGCGGCCGGCCUGAAGGUGCCCUGCCGCCCGCCCAACCGCUUCCAGAGGCUCCUCAUCACCUCGGCCUCCGCCUCGGCCUCCGCCUCAGCCUCCUCCUCGGCCUCCACCGCCACGCCCCCGCUGCAGCACCAGGAGCCGCCGCCGCCGCCCGCGGGGCCCCGGCCGGAUCCACACGGACCAGUGGCUGUAGGACAAUUCCAUCGGUCAUUCCGGCGAGAUAGUCUGUCUCCUUAUUCCUACGUAUCAACUUCAUCCCACAACCACAGUACCUUCCCUCUGAAAGGUUUAGAUCGGACCCCGAUUCCUCCUAGAACAUGGCAGAACUCCCUUGGAAUGCACCCAGGACAAGUAGAAACAUCUCCCACUUUUUCAGAUAAAGGGGUUCCAUUUCCUGUACUGCAGAGGUUUCCAACUGAAGUUACUUAUACCCUGCAGCCCAGCGCCACAUCUGUACAUGUUCAGCAAGGUCCUCAAACAAUGGUCAACUCCUCCCAAAAAUAUAGUAACUACACACCCUCAGCACAGUACUCCCAAGCCUACUAUCCAACAGCUGUGUUACAGUGCUGCUCUCCUUCUACCCACAUGGACGCUCUCAGUAGUUGUGUCACUCCCACUGCCUCUACCUAUGCACACUGCAAUUACUUCCAGAAUCCUCCAAUGCCAUCCUCUUAUCCAGUUGAGUUUCUGCCUUCUAAUUGGCCUUGUGGUACUACUGAUGAAAAUAAAAAGACAGAAGUAAACCUAGAGGCUGUUUUUCGGAUCUUAGAUGAGUUGCAUUCCUCUCCUAAAUUGGAGAUGGUAAAGGUGGAGCCUGUUGAGAAUCAGUGUCCAACAUCUCAGUCUAACAGAGGCCAACAUAUCCUAGCUAAUUCAAGCAAUACCAAUCCGUCUUCCACAAGUCAGGCUAGCCAGCUGGAGCCACUUACUCCUGUAGGUUCAGAUAUUACAUCUUUUGUGGUCGGAACAGAACAAGCAAUUACCUGCUCUCUACCACAGUCACCUGAGUACAUGUAUACCAUCCACACAGCUCAGCCUGUUGAAAAUACUACAAUGCAGGAAUCUGCAGCCAUCCAACAAGCUCAUGUCAAACUGAAGGAGCAACUAAGUCAUAAUCCAUCUCCACCUUCAGUAGUAUUUGUGCAGGAGGGGCUACCAUUUAGUCCACACCAGGUGGAUGCCAGUAUAAAAUGCCAGCCCAAUCCACCAGAGAAUAUCUUGCCUUCAGAACAGAUGGGAUUCCUUAUUUCAGAGAUGGGGUCUGCUAGCAAGCCUAAUAAAGACACAGAUCUAUCCACUCCAGCCAGAUACAGAGAGCGAAGAAGCAACUCACAGCAAGGAAAGUCCCCUGAUCUUCAUCUGCUGGUGGACGUGGCCUGCAAGCAAGAGCACUUUCCAAAGGAGGAAGAAUUAAAUGAGUGA